AAUGAUAAUAGGCAAAUAACAACUUCUCAAUUAAUAAAAUCCAUAAUUUCAACACUCAGAAGGAACAUGUCUUUGUGGUGUUUGCUUAUGUGGAAAUUGUUUAUGUAAACCACAACCAAUAAAACAAUCUUACCAUAAUAAAUUAAAGAGUGUUUAUGAAACCGAUUUCCAAUUAAGAUACUCAGUUUUACCAAAGGCCAGACCUAUUAUAAUAGAAGAGCCUAAAAGAAGAAGAGCCUUCUCAUAAAAUUCAGUUUAUGAUGAAGACUUUACACCUAAAUAAAUAUCUCAAGGCCAUACUGAUGAAAAAUAGCAUUUACCAUAAUUAAAAAUACCUUUUGCAGGCUGUAAUUCAUAUGCCUUAUAAUAUCCUAACAAAUUUACAGAUCCUCCUUAAUAGCUAAGACCAGUUAAUCAAAUAUAAUUACUUCCUGCAAAAAUGGAUAAUAUCUCUUAAUAUUAAAGAGAAUAUAAAUUACGAUAAAACUAAAGAGAACAUGAAUUCUCAAAUUUCUCGAAAAUCAUGAAUAAAAGAUUGCAUAUUAAUAGUAAGGACAAAUUAGUUUACUCUAAUUCAAGUUAUUAGGAAUAAUUUAAGCCAAGAUAGUCUAUCCCUUUAAUAAAAUUACCUAUACAAUAAUCAAGUUUACCAUUUGGAAUCAGCAACAUUGGAAUCAAUCCAUUCGUAAGUCAAUCCAAAUUUGAGUUUGCUUCAAAAUCUUAAGACCAAUGUGAAGCUAAUAGAAGAAUAUUAGAAAUUUGCAGUAAAAGUUGA